UCCAACCAGCUUCCCGGUGAAUUCUUUCCCUCCGUUCAUAAUGACCCAAAUCUGCGAACCUACACAUUUGUCGAUGAGUUCUACAGAGGUUAGUCGAUAACCGAUACUCGCUUGCGAUCAAGGCCUACCUAGCGGAAGGAGGUUCUCGAGCGACAUGGUGGCGUGUUUUUUUCGUGAGCUGAGUAUCGGACGUUGAAUAUAGAGGUCGUGUUUGAGGUGCAGGUAAGACCAAGGUGGUGAUUGGUUUCGAUAUCUUGGCGUUCAAGACCAUCUUUCACAGGCGACACGCUAGCCAACCAGUGCUUGCGAAGCAACAGGCAGCAAACAUCUUGUCCACACACGAUCAACUCGCAUCCGUGGCGACUAUCCUCUUCUGUCGGCGCCUAGUGGGAGCACUACCAUGGAGUGUUAUGCUCUUCCGUCGACGCGCCUCUCUGCUGAGCGCGUCAGAUGCCCCGCGGCGUGCUUGCCAUGAGACAUCCACCAACACCCUACCCUCUGUGAAGCGCCAUACAUUCGCCACGCAUACGUUGCGUAUUGGAGAGUGCAGGGCAAUGCACACCACUUCACUAUGCUCAACAUCUGCUACUCCACCCGCCUCGACCUGCUGCUGGAAGCGAGGACGGCCUGCCACCAGACGCGACAACUUUCCUAGAAGACUCCAUCAAACCCCUGCUGCGGGGCCACAACCUUCAGUGAGCCAGCCUAUUUCCAAAGAGGCAGUACCCAUGGCCGAAGACCCUCGUUGCAAAAGUCAAGCAUCGGCUACGCUACACGUACGACCUGCUGAGACUCCCCCAGCACCAGGCGCUGACCGAUUCCAGCGGGUGGGACUAUGGAAUCCAGCUCAUGGACUACGUUUUGCGACGACAGCGGCGGCCGAAGCGUCUAAGUCGGACUCUAUCCAUGAAGCCGCCGAGACUGUGUCUUCACGUAUAGAUGAAUCAGCUGCGACGAUUCGCACUGACGAGUCCUCUCCGAACACUCGAAACGAAGCAAACGAUGCUACCGGACACACCGAGGAAGUUGCUGUAGAGGGCACUUCAGAGAGCGACGAUUCUAGCGGUGUUUCAUCUCAGCCCGAGACCGAGACCGAAUCCAAGGACGACGAAGAAGAUAAUGCAGAUGAACACGUUUCUCUCACAUAUCAGAUCCCAGAGGAAAGGUUGCGUGCUGCUAUGCUUGCCGCUCCCAACACACGGGACAGUUAUUGGAGUGCCAAACUCUAUCAAGGACCUGAUGGCGAAUCUCUCUCCACCCAUUACUGCAAGUCUUUCGAUGUUGCUGAAAGGGUGGCUAAGUAUUUUUUACAAGAGAAGGUAGUUGGCUUCGACAUUGAAUGGAAGCCUCGUGGAAAUCCAUAUUCGAUCAAGCAGAAUGCUUCAUUGAUUCAGCUGGCUUGCGAAGAUCGAAUCGCACUCUUUCAUGUGUCGCUUUUCUCCGGAAGCAAAGCGGAGCAACUAAUGCCUCCCAGUCUGAAGGCUGUCCUCGAAUCACCAGACAUCUACAAAGUAGGUGUGUCUAUCAAGGGCGACUUCAAGCGCCUAGAGAAGUACCUCAAUGUUCAGCCUCAGGGGGUUUUCGAGCUGAGCCGCUUGCAUAACCUAGUUGAGUGGUACGGGGUAGAGCCUAGCAAAGUCUCAAAGAGGGUUGUGAACCUCGCUUCCCAAGUGCUGCAGCAUCUGCAGCUGCCCUUGUAUAAAGGCGAGCAGUUAGCCGACGACUCCGAAACAACACCUAGCGUUCGGGAAAGUGACUGGAGUCUUCCUUUAGAUGUGCAGCAGAUACACUACGCAGCUGCUGACGCGUAUGCUGGAUUUCGCCUGUAUCAUAUGCUCGAAUGGAAAAGGACACGGAUGAAGCCGGCCCCUCCUCCAGUAGCUCUUUGCGAUUUUGAUAACAAGCCUUCACCAAGGCCCAAGGAAUCCCGCAAGAGAAUCAAGAAGUCCAAGGACGUAGCAGACACAACUGUAAAGUCCGCAGUUGACGUGGCUGAAGACCAACAAGAAGACGAAGGAGACACCGAAGGUUACGAGACAGCGACAGAGGAAUUUGCUGACAGCCAUCAACUCGAAGAAUCACUGUAUGCAACAUCGACAAUUGUCUCUGCAGGUGGCGCGGACAAGACCCACGUGUCCCAAUCCACCCGAAGCAGUGAUCUAGAAAAGACGGAGAGAAUGGGAGCUGAAAGCAUAAUUUCUCCUGAAAAGCGGGUUGGUCGAGUGAACCUCUCCCGGCUCGACCAUACUAAUUUUGGAUACCCUAAACUGCCUGAGACAUCACAAGAGGAAGACACAGAAACACUACCCUCUGCACUGUCUAAAGAAGAUGUUGGUGUGCAGCUAGAGGGUCAAGACAAGGGUGUUUCCUUUCAGAGGCAAAAAGCUGAUGAUGACGAAUUUGCAGACCCAGAACUUGAAGAUGCACUCAGACGUAUGACUCUAGACGACAGUGGAAGGUUGACAGAAGAUGCGAACGGCCUAGCAUUGGAGCAUACUUCCCCUGACCUUCACGAACCUAACGGGCCUAUCCCAGCACCACAACCGGACAUUGGUCUCCUGGACGAGCCAUCACGAACACCCGAAUACAACUUGGCGACAACAUGGGCACAAGAGCAUCUUCAACUUACCAUCCCAUCGCCUUCCUCGACAGCACCCUCGCGUAUACGUGCAACCGUGACGCACCUUCGCGCUUAUCAUAUGUGGUAUUACCAGAAGCUUUCGAUUGAUAGGAUGACCCAAAUUUUGCGAGAUCCGCCGCUCUCAAGUAAUACGGUCGCAAGCUAUAUCUUGCAGGCAAUUACGUUGGAGCGACUCGAAUACGAGAAAGAGUCCCUUAGAGACGUAUUGAUGGUGAUGCCUUCCGGGGUGCGAAAGGGACGAUGGAGGGCGCUAGCAGAGGAAGUCGAUGCGCUGGAAUGAGUAACAUGAGCUAUGCAAUGGAAUACCUAUUCUUAGAAUUCGUUCAACAUGAAGAGGACAUGCAUGUCCAUAAGGCAUGUAUGGCUUGUUCAGCACUAUGUGUUCUCUUCGUAUUCAUGUAGUGUCCACUUGCAUGUAGAGAUUCUGACACGCGCUUGAGCGGAAGCCAUUCCGCUUCUGUCAACACAAGGCGGCUCAGCAUUGCACGUUCAUGACUUAACAGC